AUGGUCUACUCCAGCUUCCAGAAAUCCCAGAAGUUCUUGGCAAGUUCUCGGCAAGUCCAUAAAACUGCUGCCCACGUGGUGGCCCGGAGAGCCCCGGAGGAGUCGGUGAGCGGCAGCUUCGCCUCCUUCAUCCAGGCGGCGCGGCCCGAGCAUCUGUCCCAGACCGUGCGGCAGCGCAGCAAGAGGAUGAUCCUGGACAGCAUCGGCGUGGGGCUGGUGGGCAGCACCACCACCGUGUUCGACAUCGCCCUGCGCUACUGCCGGGAGCUCUACUCCUCCGUGGCCGUGAGCUCAGUUUAUGGAAAGCCCGGCCUGAAGCUGUCCCCGACCCUGGCUGCCUUCACCAACGGCGUGGCGACACAUUCCAUGGAUUUUGACGACACGUGGCACCCUGCCACCCACCCCUCGGGGGCCGUGCUCCCGGCUCUCCUGGCAGCUUCCCAGAUGCUCCCUCCCAAAACCAAACCCAACGGCCUGGAAUUCCUGCUGGCCUUCAACGUGGGCCUGGAGGUGCAAGGGAGGCUCAUGCACUUCUCCACCGAGGCUCACGACAUUCCCAAAAGGUUCCACCCUCCCUCGGUGGUGGGCACGCUGGGCAGCGCCGCGGCCGCCGCCAAGCUGCUGUCGCUCAGCUCCGCGCAGUGCUGCCACGCCCUGGGCAUCGCCGCCUCGCUGGCCGGGGCACCCAUGGCCAACGCUGCCACCCAGGCCAAGCCUCUGCACGUGGGCAACGCCACCCGCCUGGGCUUGGAGGCCGCUCUGCUGGCGGCCCGAGGGAUGGAGGCCAACCCUUUGAUCCUGGAUGACAUUCCCGGCUGCUCCGGCUUCGGCGCCUUCUACAGCGUCUACCACCCCAAACCGCUGCCGGCGCCCGGGGAGCACCACGAGUUCCUGCUGGAAAAGCAGGACAUCGCCUUCAAGAGAUUCCCAGCCCAUCUGGGCAUGCACUGGGUGGUGGACGCCGCUUUGUCCGUCCGGAAUCUCUUCGUUAACUACGCCGGGUCCUUCUCGCCGUCGCUGAUCCGCAGCAUCGUGCUCAAGAUCCCGGUGUCCAAGUACAUCAACCGGCCUUUCCCCAGCUCCGAGCACCAGGCCAGGCACUCCUUCCAGUUCAACGCCUGCGCUGCCCUGCUGGACGGCGACGUGGGCCUGGGCUCCUUCUCCGACAGCAGCAUCCAGCGCCAGGAGCUCCGGGAGCUGCUGGACAAGGUGGUGGUGGAGCACCCCGAGGACAACGUGGCCAACUUUGACAAGAUGUACGGAGAGGUGGCCCUGCUCCUGCACAGCGGCGACGUGCUGACGGGCAAGUGUGACACUUUCUACGGCCACUGGAGGAAGCCCCUGAGCAAAGAGUCGCUCCUGAAGAAGUUUCGGUCCAACGCCUCCCACGUGCUUCCAGAGGAGAAAAUAGAAGCCAUCAUCACUCUGGUGGACAACCUGGAGAACCUGUCAGACAGCUCCCAGCUGGCCUGCAGCCUGUGA